CUUCUAGCUCACAACACUUCCCUUUCUUUUUUUCACUUCCCUCUAUAGUUCCCAAGUCUUAAUUAGUUUCUCUGUUUCUGCUUCAAUGGCUGACACCGGAUCCGCCCCUGCAAAGAGAAUGUGGUGCUCUAUACCUGAAAGACUCCAGCUGCAUGCGGCUAUGCUGGCCUUGCAGUUUGGCUAUGCCGGCUUCCAUGUUGUCUCCAGAGCCGCCCUCAACAUGGGCAUUAGCAAACUUGUGUUCCCUGUCUAUAGGAACGUUAUCGCUUUGCUUUUGCUCCUCCCCUUUGCCUAUUUUCUAGAGAAGAAGGAGAGGCCGGCAAUCACUCUGAAUUUUCUCCUUCAGUUCUUCAUCCUCGCACUAAUUGGAAUAACAGCAAAUCAAGGAUUCUACUUGCUGGGUUUGGAAAACACAACUCCCACUUUCGCAUCAGCAAUACAAAACUCCGUCCCAGCCAUUACCUUUCUCAUGGCAGCCUUACUCCGGAUUGAGAAAGUACGACUAGAUCGGAAAGACGGCAUUGGAAAGGUGGUCGGAACUAUAUUCUGCGUCGCCGGAGCCACAGUAAUCACACUGUACAAAGGCCCAGCCGUAUACAGCCCAGCACAAACACUACACAGCACAACGCCGGUUUUUGUAUCGCUAGGAGAUGCAGCGGGGAAGAACUGGACCAUGGGCUGCAUCUACCUCAUUGGCCAUUGCUUGUCAUGGUCCGCGUGGCUGGUGCUGCAAGCACCGGUCCUUAAGAAGUACCCGGCUCGCCUCUCCGUCACCUCCUAUACGUGUUUUUUCGGUCUCAUACAGUUUGUGGUGAUUGCUUUGAUCUUUGAGAGAGAUGCACAGGCUUGGAUGUUUCACUCUGGUGGAGAGCUCUUCACCAUCCUCUAUGCGGGAGUGGUGGCAUCAGGGGUGGCCUUCGCUGUACAGAUAUGGUGCAUUGACAGAGGUGGCCCUGUCUUCGUGGCUGUGUAUCAACCUGUUCAGACUCUUGUUGUCGCUAUUAUGGCUUCCAUUGCUUUGGGGGAAGAGUUCUACUUGGGAGGGAUAAUUGGGGCAGUGUUGAUCAUAGUGGGAUUGUACCUAGUCCUGUGGGGGAAAAGCGAAGAAAGGAAGUUUGCACAGGAAAAACUUGCGAUUCAGCCCACUCCGGAUCAGUACGAGAACAACAGGGCAACAAGCCACAUCAAGUCAUCCCUUACUCAGCCUCUCCUUCCAUCCUCAUCAGAGAAUGUUUGACCCCAAAAUUCCAAGACCUUUUUUUUUUCACCAACAGCUUUGCCUGCAGAAAGAAGAAAAAGUACCACCCUAUAUCAGAAAGCUUGGGCGUGCAUGAUUUUUUUUUCUUUUUUCUUUUUAGCUUUUUUUAGUGACUUUUGUGUGAGAGAGAGAGUACUAUUCAAAAGAGACAUGUCAAGGGAAUGAACAUGAUGAUCAUUGUCACCUGAGGGGCCGCAGGGACUGAAAUCCCAUAUGCUUUGUAUGUUUUUUUU